AUGGCUCUCAAUCUUGAGAAACAACUUCGUUUCUAUGGCGCUUACCACCAUAAUCCGGCCAACAUCGCCAUACACCUCGUUGGGGUCCCCGUGAUCCUCUGGACUACUUUUCUCCUAGGUACAAACACUCCGACCUUAAUUCCCAUACCUGACGCCAUCACCGUCCCAUGCCUCGACUUGAAUGCCGGUACGCUGUUGUGCCUGUCAUACUGUAGUCUGUACAUACUGCUCGAACCGGUGGCUGGAUCCGCCUUAUCUGUCCUGUUACUCGCCGGCACGGCAUAUGGAAAAUACCUGACUUCAGUGCAUGGAAUGACCGCGAAUUAUUUGGCUGCUGGCGGCUUUGUUACCGCAUGGAUUGCCCAAUUCCUUGGUCACGGUUUAUUUGAAGGGCGAGCCCCAGCCCUCCUCGAUAAUCUCUUCCAAGCUCUUUUCCUGGCCCCUUUGUUCGUUUGGCUGGAGCUUUUGUUCGCUCUUGGGUACAGGCCCGAGUUAAGAGGCCGUGUCGAAAAGAUGGUCCUUCAGGACAUCACCAAAUAUCGCGAGUCUCUCACACAAAAGCCCAACGGUUCAACCACCAAUGGCCACGCCAAACAGUCUUAG